AUGGAUUAUUAAAAUAAUUACUAAGUUGCUUUAAUAGAGCAAGUUGGAUAAGUUGCCUUACCACCUGAAUAGAGAAUUUAAAAUUUUCAUAAGGAUUCCCUGCAUAAAGAGAUCUCAAAUAUGAGUCUCAGAGCGAUGGCAGCAUUAAAUAGACCUUCUCACAAAUCAGUAAUGUUUGCUAUGAAGAUUCUGCCUAUUCUGAAAAUGUCAAUCAAGCAUCCAGAUAGAAUAUUUUACUUUGAUCAGGAUUCCGAGCAUCCAGCCUGCUGUCAUAACGGCUAUAUACUUUAUCUGAAAAAGUCUUCAAGCAAUUAACUUAAAAGUCCCUAUACAGCUAACUCUCCAAACCUAUUUAAUCAAAAGUUUAUCUGUAGGAAACUUAUAGAUGAUCCAGAUAAAUUUGAUAGAAGUCAUUGCAGUUUUGAAAUAGAAGUACUAAAAAUCACUGAGGAUGAGGGUAAGGUCUAAAUUUAGAGAAAUUAUCAUGCUGCACACAAGGAUGACUUCAACUUUUAUAAUUAAGUUCUAUUCACUACAAAUAAAAAUACAAGUAAUGGCUCCAUAUUGCCGAUAAGUGGAGAGGUCUAAGAUGAAUUCAGAAAUAUCAUUAGCACAUUUGAGAAUAACUCUCAGCAGGCUCUUAAAAGAAAAAGGAAGUUUGAUAAAGAUGGAAAUAUGAUCUAUGAUGAGGACAAGAAAAUGCUAAAAGCACAGAGAUAUCUAGAACUUGAGAGAACCAGAACUAUGAUGAGAUUAAAUCUAGAGAACUAACUGAGAAAAAUCAUUACAAAUGAUAUGGAAAUAAAAGUCAUUAAAAUCUGCAAAGAAGAAGCUGUUGCAGAUUCAAUAGACGAAUUAAUAAACAGAUAGAAAAGGAAUAAAGCUGAAAUUAAUAACUUGAAGUAGGAAGAGCCUCCAAAGAAAACAAGCUUUAAUAGAGAUGGGAAUUUUAUAAGGAAUGCAUAUCUUAUUUAUCUGCACUAGAUGCUCAAGGACGAUGAUAGAAUUAAAAUAACUAAUUUAAAGCUAUACAUUGAAGGCACUUUUAAUUCUAUGAGCGAAAUAAACUAUGAGGUAUUCAUUCUUAGAACCUUCAUUGCAGAAGCUACAGCUAUGGUAUCUUUUGGUAUGCUUUUAAUCCCAAAGGAACAGCUUUAUGGAAAUGAUGAAGAACUCUAACAAUUUACUCUAGAUCUUUGCUUCAAAUCAAUAGUAAAAGUAUUCAGUUUAUACAAUAGACAUAUAUUUUUUGCUUCUAAAAAAGGGAUGGCAUUUGUUAAUAAGAUAAAAAGAAUCAUAAAUGCUAUUGAUCCAACUAUUGAAUUUCGACUUUGUUUUAACAACUAUAGCUAUAAAAUAAUGGAUAUCUUAUCUAAGCAAACUCCAAGAGACCUAGCUGACGAUUAAAAUUUAGUAAAUUAUGAAUAGCAAGAAAUGAUAUAUUACCAAUUAAGAUCCCUAUGCUUCCUGCCAAAAGAAUAUAUAGAUUUAACUUUAGAUCUAAUGCACUAUAUUUCAGUGAAAGAAAAUCAUGAAGAUUCCACUUAAAUAAUUAUGAAAUUUAGAUAAGAUUUCUGCAGUGAUUCUGAGCAUUAUGACAUCUGGAAUCUAUAUGGCAUUGGCUAGCCCUUUUAAAACUCUUAUGAGGAUGACUGGCAACUAUCAUAUCGUGAUUAAUGGAGAAUAAAGUAAAUUUAGUCCUCGAGAACUUUAGUUGAUUUAAUAGCUAAUCUGAUCAGAAAUGAGAAUAAGAGAGUAGAUUACAUUUUGUAUCGGAUUCAAAAGAAUUUAGCAGAGGGAAAGUAAAAAUGCACUUAAGGCUUUUAAUUGAGUAAAAAGCCUUAUAUGAUGCAGGAUCUUAUUGAUGGUCAACUGGAGAGAUUGACAGCCAAUAUAAGAAUGAGUGGCUAUGGAUUAGGAUUAGGCUUGCAGGCUAGAGAUUCAAACUAUCAAAUUAAUCAAGCAGCAGUUGCAGGGUUUUCAAUAAGAACAUUCUUAAGCAGAGAAGAGGAAGAAGCUUUCGAAAGAAAAAGAAAUGAAGAAAUAGCAUAGCAUUGCUUGAUAUUUACAAGGAAAAUGUCCAAAGCAAUUGAGAAGAUAUCUGAAUAUAUUUGA